AUGUCUAACCCAGUGUUAUCGGAAUUCGAUAUAAUUUUUGCUGGAGGCGGUACUACUGCUUGCGUUGUCGCAGGUCGCCUGGCCGCAUGGGAUCCCUCGUUGAAGAUAUUAGUUCUGGAAGGGGGUCAACAUACCCUCGAUAAAGCUGCGCAUGUUCAGCCUUAUAAAUAUCCCACCCAUCAGGCAUCGACGAGUACUACGAUGACAGUCAUCGUUGGAAAUCCUACUCCGCGUCUCAAUGGCCGUGCACCAAUCGUUUCGUGCGCCCAUUGCGUUGGUGGAGGCUCGAGUGUGAAUUAUGCGGCAUACACUCGUGCGCCUGCCUCAGAUUUCGAUGAUUGGGGGGUCGGUGGUUGGGAAUCAAAGAACUUGAUUCCCCUCAUGAAGAAGCCGGAGACAUACGAGGUGCAGCCUGAUCGUCCAUCCCAUGGGUAUGCUGGACCUAUCAAAGUGUCUUCUGGUGGGCAUAAAUUAAGUAUCGGCGAUGAGUUCAUCCACGUUGGCACGACAUAUCACAAGAGGCCAUUUGCCGACGACACUAAUGAUUUAGAAACAUGCAAUACCUAUAGCCCAUGGGAGAAGUACAUUGAUGGAACAACUGGAAGGCGUUCCGACGCGGCCCAUCACUAUAUAUACAACCAAGCUCACAACCCCAAUUUACAGUUGUGGGUUGGAAAGCGCGUGAAACGUGUGAUCUUCGAGGACAAGCGUGCUGUAGGUGUCGAGUUCACCAGUGACCUAGUGUCUUGCCCGGAUGCGGAUCAGUUAUCGAGCACCGUGAGAGCGUCAAAGCUUGUUGUUAUCUCCGCUGGGGCGUUCGGUUCACCAGCCAUCCUCGAGAGAUCUGGUGUCGGUGCCGAGGCGGUCCUCAAGCGGUGCGGUGUCGAGCAACUGGUGAACUUGCCUGGUGUUGGAGAGAAUUAUGGAGACCACAAUGUCGCCUUUAGUCCAUACUUCGCUGCUGACGAAUCUGUUACCAUGGACAAGCUCUGGCGUGGGGAGGAGAGUAUUCUACAGGAACACCUUGCGCAAUGGAAACUCAAUGGACAAUCCCUCAUUGCACAAACUGGCAAGGAUGCAAAGAUCAAGUGGCGUCCUGACGACGAAGAACUGAAAGCCAUGGGUUCGGCUUUUGAGCUGCGAUGGAAGGAGUUUUUCCAGGACCGCCCGGAUAAGGCUGUUGCAAUAUUGGCGGUCGUCGCGGGAUACAUCGGGUCAAGUGGCCUUCCCGCUCGCAACUACUUAACUGCCGAAGUUGUUACUCUUUACCCCUUGUCUGUCGGCAGCGUUCAUAUCAAAUUAGGAGAGAAUGGCAAGGAAGAACUCGACUUCACUACAGGCUACUUAGAUGAUCCAUCUGAUAUUGUACCUCUCAACAUUGGGUACAAAAGGGUGCGCGAAAUCUGUCGACGCAUGCCUUCCUACCGAGGUGAAGUCUCCACCCGUCAUCCUCGUUUCCCGGAGGGAAGUGCUGCAGUUUGCAGAGAAGCGACCGGGCCAGUGGACUUGAAUGCACCCGACAUCAUCUACACAGCCGAAGAUGACGAGGCGAUUGAACAAUUUCACCGUGACGGCAUGCAAACGACAUGGCAUUCGCUCGGGACUUGUGCCAUGAAGCCGAGGACAGAUCAAGGAGUCGUUGACGCUCGGCUAAACGUCUAUGGUGUAACAAACCUCAAGGUUGCGGACUUGUCUAUCGUGCCGAAGAAUGUUGGUACUAAUACUUAUUCGACGGCGCUCCUCAUUGGAGAGAAGGCUGCGAUGAUCAUCGCUGAAGACUUAGGUAUUAGCUGCUGA